CAAAGAUCAUGGGAUGGAAUAAAGGUGUGCUGAUCUUAUACAAAGGUGGAAGUGAAUGACCUGAGGAUGGAUCCUUCUUCUCCUGUGCUACCAGCAAGCAUCUUAGAACAGACUGCCCUGCGCCUAGGAUGCAGCCCCACAGACGAGAAACUUGCUUCUCACUUAGACGCAGAGGAUGAGUUAAAGCAUCUUCGUCAAUGUUUCUACAUCCCCAAAGUCAAGGAUCUGCCUCCAACUGAUCUGAGCCUGGUGAACGGAGAGGAGAGCUGCAUAUACUUUGCUGGGAAUUCCCUUGGGCUCCAGCCAAGGAAAGUUAAAACUUACUUGGAUGAAGAACUGGAGAAAUGGGCUCAAACAGGUGUUCACGGCCAUUUCAAUGGUCAGCGCCCAUGGGCUUUGGCAGACGAGUGCCUCCUGGACCUGAUGGCUGGGCUGGUUGGUGCCCAAAGACAUGAGGUAGCCUUAAUGAAUGGACUAACUGUAAACUUGCACCUCCAGCUGCUCUCCUUCUUUAAGCCUACUCCAAGACGCUGUAAAAUUCUUCUAGAAGCCAGAGCCUUUCCAUCUGACCAUUAUGCUGUCGAGUCCCAGCUUCGACUCCAUGGACUUGACGUGGAGAAAUGCAUGCUCCUGAUGCAGCCUCGGAAGGGGGAAGAAACCUUGAGGACUGAAGACAUCCUUGCUGUAAUUGAGAAGGAAGGGGACUCUAUCGCUGUCAUUAUGUUCAGCGGGGUGCAGUACUACACGGGGCAGCUGUUUGACAUCCCUAGAAUAACAAAGGCUGGCCAAAAAAAGGGUUGCUAUGUUGGAUUUGAUCUGGCUCAUGCUGUUGGGAAUGUAGAACUUAGUUUGCAUGACUGGGGAGUAGAUUUUGCCUGCUGGUGUUCUUACAAGUACCUGAAUUCUGGAGCAGGAGGCCUCGCUGGUGCCUUCAUUCAUGAGAAGCAUUCCAGGAGUAUCAAACCAGUGUUAAUUGGCUGGUGGGGCCAUGAAUUCAGGACACGAUUCCUCAUGGAAAACAAACUGCAACUAAUUGAAGGAAUUAAUGGAUUCCGGUUAUCAAAUCCUCCGAUUUUGCUGGUCUGUGCUCUGCAAGCUAGUUUAGAGGUUUUUGGCCAAACUACAAUGAAAGCACUGAGGAGGAAAUCCAUCCUACUCACUGGGUACUUGGAGUACCUGAUAAAACAUUACUACAGCGAGGACAAAAUGAAUCCAGAGAAGCCCUUUGUGAAAAUAAUCACACCAUCUCAGACUGAGGAAAGAGGCUGCCAGCUCACCCUGUCCUUCUCCCUUCCAAUCAAAUCUGUGUUUAAAGAGCUGGAGAAGAGAGGAGUAGCUUGUGACAUGCGAGAACCGAACGCUCUUCGCGUUGCCCCAGUUCCUCUCUACAAUUCUUUCCGUGAUGUGCACAGAUUUAUUGAAAUCCUGGGAUCUGCAAUUACAUCUUCAAAACAAACAGCAAACAAUACUGCCCUAUCUGGUUCUUAUUGAUGGCUCAGCUGUAUCUUUUAAUCUAUUUCUGACUAAGAUGCAUUUAUCCUGCUGAGCGAUUCUUUGCUUCGAGUCGACUGAGCUAUAUCCUGUGCAAUUUGCAAGGGACAAAAAGAAAGCAAACAAAAAAAUGGCUGUGCUUGAAUAGUUAUUCACAACAGGCAUAGUUUUAUUAAAGCUCACAUUUCCCUCUCUGCUUUGACUUUGACUUCAUGAAUUAGUAUGCUUUGUAUAUUUUAAUGGGACUUUUCUUAAACAUUUUAUGUAGUUCUAUUGCAUUAGCUUGGAGAAGCGUGGAAGAAUUGCUGCUGACUGGAACA